UGGUGAGCAUGGAGAUGCGGCCACUACUUGGGGGGGCGGGUGCACUGCGGGGGGGCAUAGGAGUGGUGUCGUUUGCGUCUGUGAGAGUUGCUCCUGCCCUUCGUUGGCGUGCCUUCACACGGAGGCAGCACGUAUUGCCGUCGUCAUGCCCAUGAGCGCAGAGGGCGUUCAGGUGGAGACUCCAAAGUUAGUGCGCCCAACAGACGGCUCGGCCGUUCACGACCCUCCUGUCACCCUGCUGAAGCAGCCGGUGAGAGUUAGCCAGCUGACCUUUCACCGCAGGUUGCGCUUGAUCGAGCGGACGUACAAGUCGUCACCGAGUUCAUUCCAGACCCUGACGACCCCAACGCGGACUCUGUUCUUCUUCAUUGGCGACGACGUCUUCUUCUCGAGCAGACCGGCUUGA